AUGGUAGGGACGAGACGAUCAGCGCGUAGCGCGCUAUUCACGCCCACAUCGGUACGAACGCGGACGCAGGCGAAAUACGACUACAAAUGGCUCUCCACUGGUCGAGCACACCCUCCCGCCGGCGCUUCCGAGGAAGGAGACGGAAAAGUGUACCACACGUCGUUUGCUAGAAUCAAGCGGUCGACGGAUACGGCUCUCCCUUCCUCGUCUGAGUCUUCCUCAUCAUCCUCCUCCGAGUCCGAAUCCGAGCCUGCGAACCGAGCCGGAUCCCCCACUCCAACGACGAAGGGGAAAGGGAAGAAACUCGAGGUCGACCUCACGCCCAAAGAUAGGGGCAAGGCUAAAGGAAAGGCGACGAAGAAGAAGAAAGGAGAUGAGGCCCGGUUUACGAUCGGGGAUGGCGUUCAGGUUGCUGUUGAGGGUGGGAAGGAGGGUGUAGGCGUUCUCGUUGGAUUGUGGGAGGAGCCCGUCCCUGCUGAAUCGGACGAGGAAGGGGAUAAGGACGAGGACAGAGGAUCUGCCCAGUGUGAUGCGGAAUCUCGACUUGGAGGAUUGCUUCUCGCAGCCUCUCCAACACGUCCCGUCACGACCGACCUUCCCCUCAGUUUACUCACCAAGACUGUGCCAAUCUACUCCCGGGCCGUGUUUAAGGAACAGUUCCCCGACGAGGAGCGGCAGACCAAAUGGAAGGGGUGGAGCUACGUCCGCAAAGGCGUCUACUGGUGUAACCGAGCUUACGACAUGGGCGCGCGCGGCGGCAAGGUCUUCAAGGUCGACAUUGACGAGUGGAAGGGACGUGGUCGCGCCGAGGGCGUAUGGGACGUAGCCCUCGCCGAGGUGGCCGAGAAGGAGCCCGAGUCGUCCUCCUCCGAGGACGAGGGGAGUGUCGCCUCUGCAGGCUCUGGCUCUGAGGACGACGAGGACGAGGCCAUGGACGUGGAAGAGGAGGAAGACGAGGAGAAGCCGAAGCGCAAGCGGCGCACGACCAAGGCGACUCCGAGGAAGACAACCGUACCCGCCAAGAGAAAACGGAAGGCCCCAGAAGAGCUCAAAGAGCCCACCCGCCGUCGCCGAGCGCCGCACGCCAAAGCAUCUGCGAGCCACCUUCCCCCAACAGUCGAGAUUGAUACGCUCCCGACUGACCCCUACGAGCGUGCCCUCCGCCUGCUGCACGUCGGCGCGACGCCUGAGUCUCUGCCCUGUCGCGAGGAGGAGUUUGUCGACGUGCUCUCGCGCGUCGAGGAGGGAAUCGAGGGCGGCGGUGGUGGAUGCUUGUACAUUGCCGGUGUUCCCGGAACUGGCAAGACGGCAACGGUGCAUGCGGUCGUGAAGGAGCUGAAGCGCAAGGCCGAGGAUGGCGAACUCGCUCCCUUCUCCUACGUCGAGAUCAACGGACUCAAGAUCCCGAGUCCGCAACACGCCUACACUGUGUUGUGGGAGACGCUCUCGGGCCAGCAGGGGUGCAGUGCGAAGACUGCUCUCCGCGGUCUCGAGGCGCACUUUGGGCGCAAGACGGGUGCCGGUGGUAUUGGUGCUAAUCCCAGCGUCGUCCUCAUGGACGAGCUCGACCAGCUGCUGACGACGAAGCAGGAUGUGGUGUACAACUUCUUCAACUGGCCCACUCUCCGCGACAGCCAGCUCUUCGUCAUCGCGAUCGCGAACAGGAUGGAUCUGCCGCAGCAGCUCGCGGCCAAGAUCAAGUCACGUCUUGGUCUCCAGACUCUGCUGUUCCAGCCCUACGACCGUGCAUCCCUCGUCGAGAUCGUCCAGUCUCGCCUCAUCCCGCACCCCCGGAGCACGGAGGAACACAAGGUCCUCACUCCUGACGCCAUUACGCUCGCAGCUACGAAAAUGGCGGGCACGAACGGUGAUGCGCGCCGUGUCCUGGACGCGUGUCGCCGCGCCGUCGAAGUGGCCAUGGGCACGAGCGACGGCACCGAGGACGCCAAGGCCAAAACGAAGGGCAAGCCGACGAGCGAGCGCAAAGCAGUAACAGCCCGCGACAUGGUGCAGGUGCUGAAUGCCAUGUCCUCGUCGCCUGUGGCCAUGUAUCUCAAGACCUGCAGCGUGCAGCAGAAGAUGCUCUUGGCCGCGCUCGUCCGGUGCGUGCGCCGCGAGGGCGUGCCGGAGAUCACGUGGAAGGCCUUGCGACAGGACCACGACGCCCUCACCCGCGCCCUGCUCGAGAGCAACGACUUGCUCUCUGACGCGGAAUUGGGCCUGGUCAGGAGCAGUUUGGUCGCGACGCAUGCCCUCACGGCCGCACCGGACAACUACAGGAGCAUGGAGGACAGGAGGUUGGCAUUGGGCAUGGAGAUUGGAGAGGUCGGGCGCGUGCUCAUGAACGAGGGCGAGGGGUGGCGCCGGGCGUUGGCUGGUGUCUAA